AUGGUGUCCAAGCGGCGGCCCGUUUUCGUUUUCUUGAUAGAAACGAAAGCAAAUAGUGUAAAGGUAGAAGAGGUACGUAUAAAAUUGGGUUUUGAAAGGGCUUUUUGCGUGGAUCGAGUGGGGCUAGGCGGCGGCUUAGCUCUGUUCUGGCGUGACAGUGAUACGGUUACUUUAUUAAGCUACUCUGUAAAUCACAUAGAUGUGAUUAUUGAUAUUCCGGGAAGGCCGAGAUGGAGAUUAACAGGUUUCUAUGGACAUCCAGACAGAACACAUCGGCAGAUCACUUGGGACCUCUUGCGGCGUCUCAAAGAUCAAUCUGAUCUUCCAUGGCUUGUUGCGGGUGACUUCAAUGACAUUGCAGGCCUAUCGGAGAAAAGAGGUAUUCAUUCGCAUCCUGAAUCUUUGAUUGAGGGUUUCAACGAUGCUUUAGGGGAUUGUCGCCUCAAUGAUCUAGGGAUGGUGGGAGGAAGGUUCGCAUGGGAGCGUGGACAUGGCACUGCAGAAUGGGUUGAGGAAAGGCUGGACAGGGCGGUGGCAACUAUGGAGUGGGCUGACUUGUACGAAGAUGUGGUGGUCCGAAAUUUGCAUACACUAUCUUCGGACCAUAAUGCGCUGUUUAUUGAUGUGGAAUCUGGUCCAGUGCGUACAACCAUGCGCAGCUUCAAGUUUGAAUCUGCUUGGUUACUUGAGGAGGUUGUGCAAAGGUGGUCGAUGAAGCAUGGCGUCAGUCCUCGGAGUGCUACGGCGCAAGCUGGACGAUUUAAAAGAAACCGGGAUGUGAAUGCCGUGUCUGAGUAUUUGGCAAUACGGGGAGAAUUGGAAGUUCUUGUACACCAGGAUGAGCUCUUUUGGAGACAACGGUCCAAACAGCUAUGGCUAAAGCACGAAGAUGCUAACACUAAGUAUUUUCACAAGGCUGCCACUAUUCGCCGUAAAAGGAAUUUCCUACAACGUAUUAAGGACCGGGAGGGUUAUUGGAGAGAAGGGUCGGCCAUGCACAAUGAGAUUAUGAGGUACUUUGAUUGUAUUUUUUGUUCUAGCAAUAGUAGUCCGGACCUAUUCCAUCGUGUCCAGAAACAGGUCACGGAUGAGAUGAAUAGCUCACUCACAAAACCGUUUACGAUGGUAGAGGUGAAAACGACUCUAUUUUCUAUGGCCCCGGACAAGGCACCGGGCCCUGAUGGCAUGUCCCCGGCUUUUUACCAACAUUUUUGGCCGGUCCUGGGACAUGAUCUGUCGGUGUUUAUACUAAGCUGUGUGUCUAACAGGGCUUUUCCACCGGGAUUCAAUACAUCCAACAUUGUAUUACUUCCCAAGAAAAAGAUCCCUGAGAAAGUGUCUGAUUUGCGUCCGAUAGCCCUUUGUAACGUUGUGUACAAAGUGCUGGCCAAGAUGCUGGCUAAUAGGCUCAAAGGGACUUUAGAGGUGGUUGUUUCACAACCCCAAAGUGCCUUUGUCCCAGAAAGGCUCUUAACAGAUAAUAUCAUCAUAGCAGGGGAAAUUGGACAUUAUUUACGGAGGAAGACGUGUGGGAAUAUGGGGUGGACAGCUUUAAAACUUGACAUGGCUAAGGCUUAUGACAGGAUGGAGUGGGGUUUUUUGGAGGGAAUGUUGGGUGCGCUAGGCUACGGGCGCGAGUGGGUCCGACUUCUUAUGCUUUGUGUCUCGACCGUUAACUAUACAAUUCAAGUUAACGGGGAGGCCGUUGGCGUGGUGUGUCCUACGAGGGGUAUUCGGCAGGGGGACCCGUUAUCCCCGUACCUUUUUAUUCUUUGUGCCGAAGGCCUAUCCAUUUUGUUACAACAGGCGGAAGCCCGGGGUGACAUUCACGGGAUACGGGUAGCCCGGGGGGCACCGGCAGUAACCCACUUUUUUUUCGCUGAUGAUAGUUUACUCUUUUUCAGGGCACUUCAGAGUGAAGCUCUAAAAAUCAAAGAAUGUUUGGACCUGUACAGUGCAGCUUCGGGACAAUUGAUCAAUUUCGAUAAAUCAAAUGCAGUUUUCAGUAUUAAUACCUCCCCGGACAUGCGCGAACACAUCUCGGGCUGUAUUGGUGUCCCGGUCGCGGAGGAUUUGGGCACAUACUUGGGCCUGCCUUCCGUGUUAGGGCGAAACAAAAUAUCCACUUUCAAAUACAUUGAGGAUAAAUUACGUGGGCGCAUUGGGAUGUGGCAACACAAACUCCUUUCAUGGGCAGGUAAAGAGGUCCUUAUUAAAAGCAUAGCUCAAUCCCUACCUAUCUUCACUAUGUCCGUCUUCUUAUUACCAAGGCGGACAUGUGAUUCUAUUGAGAAGUGUCUCAACUGGUACUGGUGGGGAAGUGGGGGGACAGGACAACGAGGAAUUCAUUGGUUGAGCUGGUCACGCCUUUGUGCUCCAAAAGGAAUGGGAGGCUUGGGUUUUAAAAAAUUGCAUGAGUUCAAUAUAGCUUUGCUUGCCAAGCAAGGUUGGCGGCUUUUAAUUCAUCUUGAGUCUUUGGUUAGCCGACUUUUAAAAGCAAAGUAUUUUCCAGGUACCGAUUUUUUGGAAGUGCGCGUAGGAAACAAUCCAAGUUUCUUAUGGCAUAGCAUAAUGGCUGGGCAAGAAAUCCUAAAGUUGGGAGUAGCUCGGCGUAUCGGGGACGGGGCGGACACAAGGAUUUGGGACUGGGGCUGGCUAUCAGAUAACUCUCAUCCCCGAUUGUACACACCUUGCAUCGGAGAGUUACAAAACGCCACUGUUAGUGGUCUGUUGAAUGCCGAAGGAAACUGGGACAUCGAUAUUGUGAAAGAUAUUUUUUUAGAGGAGGACAUUCAACGGAUCCUUGCAAAACCUGUAAGUUGCCAAUUUAAAGACUCAUGGCGCUGGAAUGGAGAUUUGAGAGGCAGGUACACGGUACGGCACGGCUAUCGCUUGAUCAUGGACACUCAGUGGCUAAACGUUGCGGUAGAUGGUUUUAAUGCAUGGAAAAAACUAUGGUCAUUACCAAUUCCACCGAAGGUGAAGAAUUUAUUAUGGCGGUGUGUUCGGGGUGUGCUCCCAGUUCGUGAAAAUCUGAAAACAAAACACAUUUGGAUAGGUGGAGGCUGCCCUUUUUGUGGUUUCCCGGCCGAGACUGUGGAACACAUCUUCGGCGAGUGCUGGUACGUUUUGGACCUUUGGGAACAUGUUGAUUUCCUCCAGGGACGUUCUUUACCAUUGGCUAUGAAUUCCAUUUUAAAUGGAGCAGACAUGGGAAAAAUCACAACGAUGGCAGCCAUCGUGGAGGUGAUGUGGACAACCAGGAACGCGAUAGUUUGGCGCAACGCGAUACCGACAGUAAUGGCUAUGCAUGACCAAGUGAAUAAGCUGCGAACCUCUUGGCUGGACUGUUUCGCCCAGUCUGAAUGGGAUGGAACUAGCGCUGUUACUGUAAGCUGGAGUCCGCCUCCGAGUGGCAACCUGAAAUGCAAUGUCGAUGCCGCGAUCUUCUCCGGUGGGGCGGGCUACGGCGCUGUCAUCCGAGAUCAUAACGGCCGGUUCAUAGCAGCAAAGGGGGGCCAUAUUGAGGGCACCCAUGAUCCGUUCACGGCAGAGGCGAUCGCUGUGAAGGAGGCUUUGUCUUGGCUGAAAGGCUUAAUCGAAAAGCAAUGUUUAUCUAUUGCUAAUGACAUUGGGGACGUCUGUGUCCGUCAUGUUAGGAGAUCAGCGAACCGAGUGGCUCAUGAAUUAGCACGGGCAACUGGUUCUUCGGCUGUCUCAGGAGAGUGGGCUGUUAUCCCACCUACGUGUAUUUCUGGUUUUCUGAAUUAUUAA